AAUGCAUUUCUGAAUAAUUUACUGUAUUAUCCUGUGGAAGGCUUCGAGCUGUUUUUCUCUCAGUUCCAUUUUUUUCCUCUCUGGAUUAUUCAUCCGCAACGCUGAUCCUUGCUGUUUUUGUCAUCGUCUUAGACAAAUCUCUGUACACAAGCUGAAGAGAGAGUAUGGAGACACCUGGGAAUAUCGGCGGUUUUCCUCUCGCACCCGAAGGCGAGUGUGCACCAACAGCAGCAGCAGCUGCUGCUAAGAAGAAACAUAGCAGGAACAUUGCCGUGCUGGGCAUGGGAGACAUGGGACGUUCAUUGGCCAUGUGCUUCCAUCAGAGGGGCAUCACCGUGGUGCUGGGCAGCCGCGACCCUGAGGCUGCGUCCUCCCUGCUUCCCGCAAGUUCCCGCAUCGCCUCGUACGCUGAUGCCGCUAGCGAGGCUGAUCUGGUGAUUAUAGCUGUCAUGCGGGAUCACUACAGCUCCCUCCCCGAUGUAGUGGGAGACCUCGCUGGCAAGACGCUGCUGGACUUGAGCAAUAACAAGCACAAGGGGCAAUAUGAGGAUUCCAAUGCCGAGCACUUGGCCAAAAUGUUCCCGCGGGCGCACGUGGUGAAAGGUCUCAACACGCUGUCGGCAUGGGCCCUGCAGUCAGGGCUGGAGAAUUCCAGCAAGCAGGUUUUUAUUUGCGGUGAUGACCCCGAUGCCAAGACUCAAGUGCAGGCUCUAGUCAGCCGUAUGGGCCUUAUGCCAGUGGACCGAGGCUCACUGGCAGCAUCUCAGGAAUUGGAAAACAUCCCUCUGGAGCUGUUCCCGACCUGGAGGCUGACCGUAACCCUCUCCCUGGGGGUUGUGGCCUUCUUUUACAUCUAUUCCACCGUCAUAUAUGUCCUGUACUACUACCUGAAAAAUGACAAAAACACAUUCUACCAGCUCGCCAUCCAAAUGCCCAACAAUGCGUUCCCAUGCGCAUCGCUCGUGAUGCUAGCCCUGGUCUAUCUGCCCGGCGUUCUGGCCGGCUUGGUGCAGCUGCAUCGCGGCACCAAGUACAGCCGCUUUCCCGGCUGGCUCGACCGCUGGCUGCGGUGCCGCAAGCAACUGGGGAUCGCCGCCUUCUUCUUGGGCUGCCUGCAUGCGGUUUAUACGCUCGUCAUGCCCAUCCGAAAACCCAUCAUAGAUAGCGCUACACAGAGAAUAAUCAAUCAGAUUGCUGCCAAUAAGACUACCCAGACGUCUAACCUGGAAUUGUGGCAGGGUGAGCUUUACCUUGCCUUUGGGAUCCUUGGGCUUGGUGUUCUCGCUGUCCAGGCUAUCGUUUCACUGCCUUCAGUGGGCAACAGCUUGAACUGGAGGGAAUUCCGCUUUGUGCAGUCGACGCUAGGUUACCUGGGGCUGGCCCUCGUUACUGCUCACACCAUCUGCUUUGGAGGCACGUCUUUCCUCUCGGUGCACUCAUACAGCUGGGGCAUGCCGCACUCCUACAUGGUCUCCCUGCUGCUGCCCUGUGCCGUGCUGGUGCUCCGCUUCUUGCUGGCGCUGCCCUGCUUGGCCCGGCCACUCACUCACAUCCGUCAGGGCUGGGAGAGACGCACCGCCGAACUGAAGAAAAAUGCGCAGAAAGAGAUCCACAGAACGCCGCUCUAGCCACCAAUCCCCAAACACUGGUCUCCUCUAUCCAUCUGCUCAACGUCCCAAUAGUCUACUGAUGUGGUCCUUUGCUGUGAAAAUGACUUAUUACACGUGUACCUGUAUUAACAGCCAGAUAAUAUGCAUUAUUAAGCACCAGUGACUAGCGACAUACGUGCAUGCAUUGUACAGUGCAACGUGAAUCAAGAAUAGCAUCAUUCUAAUGCUAAUUACCUUCGCUUCAGUUACAGUCAAAUGUUAGGAAAACUUGCUUCUUAUAUGUGUGCAACCUGUCAGCCACAUGCCAGGCAUCAGCUGUCCAAAUGCCAAUUAGAAUUCAUGAGAACCAAUUCCCCAGUUGUCCAUUGCACCUGAGCUUAAGCCUAAUGCUGUUACGUUGCAUAUCUAUGCCUAGGACAGUCUCUAUGUCUGUGCUCGUGACAUAAACAUAACAUUUUGACAAUCUUGCAGGACUUUAUACAGUUCAGAGAGCCCUAUGAGAGCCCUAUGG